AUGCGCAUCGCAUCGCAUCGCAUCGCAUCGCAUCGCGCUCGGGGCUGCACUGCAGCACUCCCGGGUGGCAUGGGCACCAUCCCCCGUCGUUGGCUUGCUUUUGUCUGCCGCGUCGCGCUCGCGCUUCUCGAUCCUCUUGGUUGGGAAGCUGCGCUGCGGGCCUGCGUCGGUGUCGAUAUGGGCGUGCCCGCUCCGUACAAACCUCGAGAUGAGCGACUGCGUGACGAGAAAUUGCUGUUCCCGUCGCAUUGUGCAUGGGGGAUGGAUGUUGAAAUUGCGUUGCCGCAGCCACGUUGUCUGCCUGUCUUCCUCUCUUGUUUGCUUUCUUGCUUCCUUGCUUCCCUGCUCUCCGGAAAGGGCCGGGGUGCGUGCUUGCUUUUGUGUGUCUUCGGCGGCCGCAAAGUCUAA